AACGGUCGAGAAUAUAAUGUAACUAUAAUUACGUUGCGAGUCAUAUCAGGGAUUACUUUGAAUCGAUUUUGAUGAUCGAGAUUUUAUUGGAAAAUUAAAGAUUUGUUGAUCACACACACUACUGUAUAUAUAAAUAUAUGUAAAGAGAAAAUAUCCUCUUUAAUUAAAGUUAAACGCGUUUUCGAUACUCUUUAUACUUACUAUAAAUUAAAAUUAUAAUAAGAAAUUAGAUAGACUGAACAGAGGAGAGGUGAAAAUUAACUUUUAUUGCUGUUUCUCUGUUUUUUCAGUGAAACAAUUAUCAGUUAAUUUCAUAACCUCCAAAAAAAGAAAUAAGUUUAUUUUCUUAAUUAACCUUAUAUAUAUAUAUAUUCUCGAAGAGGGUCUUAUCACAAAAUAAAUAAUACUUUUCUUAUUGUAAAAUGUCGAAAAUUCCAAUUAAGGUAGGUAUUAUUGGAGGAUCAGGACUCAGUGAUCCAAAGAAACAAAUAUUUAGUUACAAAUCUGAAACUACACGUGAAGAUGCAAUUAAUGAAUUUGGAAUACCAUCGAGUAAUCUUUAUCAUGGAACUAUUUCUGGAGUAAACGUGAUAUUAUUGUCAAGGCAUGGACCGGGUCAUUCUAUAACUCCGACUAAUAUUAAUUAUCGUGCAAAUAUUCAAGCUUUAAAACUUGCUGGAUGUACACACAUUCUUGCAUCGACUGCUUGCGGUUCAUUAACGGAAUCAAUUGGUAGAGGACAAUUAGUUGUACCUGAUAGUUUUGUGGAUAGAACGACUAAGCGAGAGGGUACUUUCUUUGAUGGUACUUCUAAUAAAUAUCCAGGUGUUUGUCAUGUACCAAUGGAACCAGCAUUUGAUCCGGACGUUUCCACGAUUUUAUUACAGGCUGGGAAUGAUCUUGGCUUUGAUGUAAGAAACGGUGCAACGGUAGUUACAAUAGAAGGUCCACGUUUUUCUUCCAAAGCUGAAAGUAAUGCAUUCCGUCUUUGGGGUGGACAUUUAAUUAACAUGACUACUUAUCCGGAAGUCUGUCUAGCAAAAGAAGCAGGAUUAUUAUAUGGAGCUAUAGCAAUGGCAACUGAUUAUGAUAGUUGGAAAGAAUGUGAGAAAUGUGUACAUGCAGCUGAUGUUUUAGCAUUAUUCAAACAAAAUGUUAAUAGAAUAACAGAUCUGCUUAUACGAGCUGUUGAAUUAAUAUCUGAAGAAAAUUGGGAUGAAAAUAUUAAUAAUUUGAAGGAAUUGAUUAAAAGUAGUAACGUAACGAAUAAUGUUUGACGAUAAGAAAACGUCAAUUAAUUGUGGAUAAAAUUUUUGAAAAAUAAGUUAAAUAAAA